AGCCCUCUUCAAGACUCCCCCGGUGCUGGCCUUGAACCAGACGCAACACUGCAAGCAGCUGGAGGGGCUGGUGGUCUCCCAAGUGCAGCUUUGCCGGAGCAACCUGGAGCUGAUGCAGACGAUCAUCCAGGCCGCCCGGGAGGUGAUCAAGACGUGCCGCAAGGCCUUCUCCGACAUGCGGUGGAAUUGCUCCUCCAUCGAGCUGGCGCCGAACUACCUGCUGGAUUUGGAGAGAGGCACCAGGGAGUCCGCUUUUGUGUACGCCCUCUCCGCCGCCUCCAUCAGCCACACCAUCGCCCGAUCCUGCACCACGGGGGACCUCCCUGGCUGCUCAUGUGGUCCCCUCCCAGGUGAGACACCUGGACCUGGGUAUCGCUGGGGAGGAUGUGCAGACAACCUCAACUAUGGUCUGGUCAUGGGGUCCAAAUUUUCAGAUGCUCCCAUGAAGAUGAAAAAAUCAGGAUCACAAGCCAAUAAGCUGAUGCAUCUGCACAACAGUGAAGUAGGGAGACAGGCCCUGAAAGCUUCCCUGGAGAUGAAAUGCAAGUGCCACGGCGUCUCCGGCUCUUGCUCCAUCAAGACUUGCUGGAGGGGCCUUCAGGAGCUGAGAGAGGUUGCCCAAGACUUAAAAAACAAAUACCUCUCGGCCACCAAGGUGGUACACCGCCCCAUGGGGACACGCAAGCAUCUCGUCCCUAAGGAUAUCGAUAUCCGUCCGGUCAAGGAGACAGAGUUGGUUUACCUGCAAAGCUCGCCUGACUUCUGCAUGAAGAACGAGAAAGUGGGUUCGCACGGGACUCAGGACAGGCAAUGCAACAAAACCUCCAACGGCAGCGACAGCUGCGACCUCAUGUGCUGCGGGCGCGGCUACAACCCGUACAUGGAUAAAGUGGUGGAGAGGUGUCACUGCAAGUACCACUGGUGCUGUUACGUCACCUGCAAGAAAUGCGAGAAGACUGUCGAGAGAUACGUGUGCAAGUGAGGCCCUCGGUCCCCUCCGCCGGGCCCUCGGACCGAGAACGCCACGCCGCCUUCUUCCGAGGCAGGAGAGAAGCUUUCCCACGCUUAGA